GUUUCUGAGGUUAGAACAGAAGCGCCACCCACUAACGUUAUGCAGAAGUAGAAAGCGAUAUUAGUUGAAGGAAUCCAAAUCCGAGUUUGUCUGCCAGGUAGCUGUUAACCGAUACUGAAGUUGGUCUCCAGGAACAGGAGCGUUUACUAGAUUUUUUUUGUAUUCAUUACUUAUAGGCUACCUCUCAUACAAACACUUGUUGGACAUGGGGUUUCUUCUGACCAAGAUGAUGGCUGUGUUCGGUGACAGAGAGCACAAAGUCAUCAUUGUGGGUUUGGACAAUGCUGGGAAGACAACCAUCCUCUAUCAGUUUCUGACGAAGGAAGCCGUCCACACAUCCCCAACCAUCGGCAGCAACGUUGAGGAGAUCACCGUAGGUAAAACAAACUUCAUGGUUUGGGAUAUCGGAGGACAGGAGAGCCUUCGAGCCAGCUGGUACUCAUACUACGGCAACACAGAGAUUGUCAUUUUGGUUGUGGACAGCACCGACCGUGAACGUCUCAAUCUCACCAAAAAGGAACUGCACCGAAUGCUCGCACAUGAGGACCUACAGAAUGCAGCCGUUCUUAUUUUGGCUAACAAACAGGAUGUGAAAGGCUCGAUGACAGCGGCAGAGAUCUCCCAGUGCCUCACACUCGACUCAAUCUCAUCACACUCAUGGCAUGUUCAAGCCUGCUGUGCCCUGACAGGAGAGGGUCUACCUGCCAGUCUGGACUGGAUGAAGUCACGGGUUAUUGCAAACUAGAGCACACUCCAGUGGAUCAAACUUCCUCAAAUUUAGCCAACCUCGAAAGGCACUGCAGAUUCCACGUCAGGAAUAUUUACAUUGGUAACUUUUUGGGCAAAAUCCUGUGAACAUGACGUCUGUGAUAGAGCCACACUUAUAGUUUUACACAGCUGUGUGAGGCCUCAGGGUGGACGAACAAGAGAGAAACCUGGGUAAUCUUAGAGUCGGUUAACGUAAACCAAAUAUCAGUAAAUUGUUGAAUUUUGCAUUGUUCAAGGACCGGUCGGUUAUAUUUUAAUAAUCUGGUUAACUGGAGAAGUUUUUCUCAGUUUCUUUCUCUCGUGGUUAUGAAAAAGUACACAGUUAGGGAGUGUUUUUGUGCAUUUCCUUGAGUGAUCCAUGCAGAGAGGUGCACCAUCUUUAUAUUAGACAUCCUUCCUGACCGGAAAUAUCACAUUCCACUAUAACUACUUCCUUAAUCUCUGGGCUUAACAAGGGACAACCGGUUACUUUAUUGAACCGUAAAGUAAAGUAGUAACUAAGGUAUCAUUCAUUCAUUCAUAACUAGAACUGAACACAUUGUACCAAAAACGUUACACCAUACAUUUAAGGCAGAUAGAUCACAGAUGAUAACUAAUAACACUAAAGCAUAAACUAUGUUGUGUGUUAAGUGUUGCUUUUCUCAUAUUUUAAUUUUAUUAGGUUAUCUGGUGCCCUUUCGGUUCCCUUGUGCCUUCACAUAUAAAUAGCUUUAAACGUGCCAAUCCUAAUCUAAUUUUGACAACCGAUUUAGUAGCCUACCUCACUAGUUACAAAACAGCUUUCCAAUUACAAAGUCAUUUUAUUAGCGGCUUAUUAUUAAGCUUCUAUCAUGAAAGACUUUUACACAAUAACAGAGAAGAAACUAUAGAGAACAUACUGUAGCUCUUGUGGCCUCAGAAACUGCAAUGUUGGUAUAUAGUCUGCACCACAUGUAUUAAAUGAUAUGUUAUGCCAUUGAACAGCAGGACUUCUGUGUUAGACCUGAACAUGUUUUGUAAUUUAUUUUAGGAAAACAAAGCUCUUGAACUAUAUUUACUGUGUAAUUCAGCAAUUUCCUGAAUAGGAAAAGGAGCUAGCUGCUAAGGACUAUGAGUCAUAUUUCAAAUGUAUAUAUUGUAUUGUGUAUUUUUUUAAAUAAAUAUUAUUAUUGCAAA